AUGUCUCCGCUUUACAUAUCUUUUAAGACUAUUAAAGAUAUUCUUGAGAGGCCUUCUCCAAAUACACCAGUACAUGCUAUCUUGAGACUCAGAUCUGUCUUUGACAGUUUGUGUCGGUCUAUAUCAUGGCAACUUACUUACUGCAAAGAAAACACAAAUGUAGUUUGCAAUGAUGAACAUGCAACUGUUCAGUUUUCUCCUCCGUGGUAUUCCGAUGCUGAAGAUUUUCGCUAUGUCUCACAUGGAAAACAUUUGGCAGAGGAGAAAGUGUCAAAUUUUGGGACGGCACAUUCUGGCUUAGUUAUACAAGAGGAGAACUUCUUGGAAGAGAUUUUAACCAACAAACUGUUUGUUAUUUCUGAAUGUCGAGUACGCAGUGAGUAUGCGGAAAUGUUGUUAAAUAUCAAGUCAAAAAAUUCUCCUGACGAAAUCGAAAUGAUAAAACUCGGGAUUUACGAGUUCAUGUACUUUGCUAGAGAUAGUGUCAAGAGUUGGAAGUUAUCACAUUAUAAUAUAAGGCGCGUAGUAAGACCCCAGAAUAACGAACCUCACUAUAUUUUCAGUACAUUUGGGAUAUUGGCUAUAACAGAAAAAGAACAAGAGCAUUUAAGUCUUACAGACUGGUUUCAAGAAGCAGUUUUAUAUGAAUCAUUAAUUCAGAAUUCAUCAUUUCGUUAUCUUGCAGCAUGGAAAUCAUUUGUUGUGUAA